ACAAAUAUGUCGUUGUGGUACAUCCCAUAUAGUGACACUUCCGUGAAGUCUUCCCGUUGUCGUACACGUGAAAACAGUUGACAUUGCGCGACACCUUGCUGAAUGAUGGAGCCGAGCUGAGAAUUAUAUGUUUUCAAGCAAAAAUAAUCGCCAUGGCUUCAUUCUGUACACAGCUGGGUCUUCAGUGCAGAAGUUUUCUUUGCUCCAAGACAGUGGCUAGUAUUUGGUGGUAUCCUACUCAAAUUCGGCAUUGCACUACAGUCACAAAGUUACCCACUAAAAUCCUAAAUGGAUCCUCAGUUAUCAGUGGGAAUAACAUAAAAACUCAAGCAAGACAGAGAUGGAAGCAACAGAUGUUCUGUUACAGUGAUUUCUCUGCCAAACACAUGGAAACUGAGGCAAAGGAAGACAAGGGUAUUGAAGAAUUAUCAAGACCCAAUGUAGAAGCAUAUAGAGGCCCCCUGUUGCCCAUCAGAGAAGCUGUGCCAGUGACUGAAAGCCAGAUGUCAUUGGAUCUGGAUGCUCCUGAAUUUUCAGCGUUAGAGGAGAUCAGUGAUGAAGAGGCUGUCAGUAUUUCUGUUCCUUCUGCCAUACCUCCAGCCUCCACCUCUCUUAGGGACUACGUUGACCAGUCUGAGACGCUCAGCAAACUGGUACAGCUAGGUGUAAACUUGUGGAAGCUCGAACAAAGGCCCAACGUAGGCUCCAUGCUGCUGAGGCUCAACUUCAACACAGAUGUGGCCCCGAGGUUGCUUUUUCUCAAAGAGAUCGGGGUGCAGGACUCUUGCUUUGGCUAUAUCAUCACACGAAACCCCUUCAUUCUCACUGAGAGUUUGGAAAACCUACAGGCCAGGGUGAACUAUCUCAAGUCAAAGAAGUUCAGUUCUGAGACUGUUGCAUCCAUGGUGUCCAGAGCUCCAUAUCUGCUUAACUUCAGUGUGAAGAGGCUGGACAACAGACUGGGGUUUUAUCAGCAGCAGCUCAAACUCAGUGCUUCUAAUACACGGAACAUUGUAGCUCGUCUACCCAGAUUACUGUGUGGCAGUUUGGAACCUAUUAAAGAAAAUUUGAAGGUGUGUGAAAUAGAACUCGGCUUUAAGGAAAAUGAGAUCCAGCACAUAGUUAAUGCUGUCCCAAAAGUGCUGACUGGCAAUAAAAGGAAGCUAACGCAAAUAUUUGACUUCCUUCAUAAUACCAUGAAGGUGCCACACCACUUGAUCACCAAGUUUCCACAGGUCUUCAAUACCAAGUACUUGCGUGUCAAAGAGCGCCAUCUGUUCCUUGAGUACCUUGGAAGGGCUCAGUAUGAUCCAGCACUGCCCAAAUACAUCUCACUGGACCGCUUGGUGUCUUUGCCCGAUGAAUCCUUUUGCACAGAGUUGGCUUUGGCCACGCUGGAAGAUUUUUAUUUGUUCCAAAAGACUCUUUGAUUCUUCUUGAGACAGCACAAACAGUUUGAGGUCAGGCACACAGAAUACACAGUAUUUGUGAAACACAACGUUUUCUUUGUAAAUGUGAUGCUUAAUAAAUGUACAGAAUGUUUACCAA